CUGACCGUUUGCAAUUGCAAUGAUGGACACGCUCAAGAAUGCCUACUCUUCAAUACCAUUUGCGUGGCUUUGCCUCGCAGUCAGCUCUGUGACUCUCGUCUACUACCUCGUCUCCGAACUUCGACCACCAUGCCCAGUGGAAGACGACUUUCCUACGAAGCGCAGAGACCUAUUCCUCGGCUCGUUCGACUUCUUUCGGGAUAGCUUCAAGUUCUUGCUGAGUUGCAGAGAGUGGGCACAAGGGGCGCACAUGGGCUUCUACAUACUUAGCCACCGAGUUGUCAUGGUUCGCGGGCUCCCGGGGCGCGACGUCUUCUUCUCGAAAGGUCUCGAUUUCAUGGCCGGAUAUCGGUUGCUGAAUCCACAACUCGUUGAUGUUAUGCCAGUCACUGAGAUCAAGGGCGACGAGAGCUGGGCAAGUUUCAUGGCCACGUUCAUACGCUCUGAGGUCCUCGACAAACUUACUCCAACGAUGGUUCAAGACAUGGCAAACAUCGUGGACGCGUGGGGCGACAAAGGGACUGUCGAUCCCUUCGAUGGAGUCUACGAGAUCAUAUUCGCCCUUUCCAUGCGUCUCGCUACAUGUAACGAGUUCUGCAGCGACCGCGAGAAGGUCCGCACUAUGAUGCGCAUCUUCCAGAGGCUGGAGGAUGGCUCUACCCCUGCGUCGAUUAUACUGUCAUGGGUGCCGACACCAUCACGCAUGCGCCGUCUAUGGGCAGGAGGCGAACUGUAUAAGAUGAUCAGCGAUGUCGUCAGCGCUCGCAAGCGUGAAAACCGACGCGAAGACGAUCCAUUGCAGGCUUUGAUCGACAAAGGGUUCAAUCUUGUCGAGAUUACAAGGUUCAUUGCGAUGACCCUGUUUGCCGCAGUGACAAACACCGGCAAUGUCUUCUGCUGGUUCCUCAUCUACCUCGAGCUGCACAAGAAAUGGAAAUCCUCGAUCCUGUCCGAGAUCGACGCCUUCGUCGAGACUCACUCCUCAGUCUCGCGUUCGACUUCCCCCUUCAGCACCAGCACCAUCGCCGAAGCCCUCUCCCGCGCGGGCCCCGACGCACUCGAAGCCGCCACACCCACACUCGACGCGACACUGCACGAGACGAUCCGCAUCGUCUUCAACGGCUUCUUCAUGCGCCGCAACAUCGGCUCCGCGCUCUCGCUCGACGGCCGGCGCAUCCCGCACGGCGCGUUCCUCAUGUUCCCCACCGCGGACCUGCACUUCGACCCCGCGCUGUUCCCCGACCCGCACGCGUUCGAGCCUGCGCGGUUCACGCCAGCGGCGAUGGAGGCGCGCCGCGCGGAGCACGGGAUCGCGUUCUUGGGCUGGGGCGCGGCGCGGCACCAGUGUGUGGGGAAGCGCGCGGCGCUGGUGAUGAUGAAGAUGAUCACGGUGAUGCUGCUCGCGCGGUUUGAUAUGGGCGUGGUCGACGGGCGCGGGCGGACGCUUGUGGAAGUGCCGAAGCCCCGGCAGGACACGCUGUUCAAGGUGUCGCCGACGCUUACGAGGACACUGUUGACGUAUGAGGUUAGGAGGGAUGCGUGAUGUGCCGUAGAUUUAUUGUUAGCCUCAAUGGUGAAACGUUGAUGACUUGUUAUCGUAUUUAUUCCAAAUAUCACUUGUGUAGCACUAGCGGCACCGAAUGGGACAAGGAUACUUUACC